GCUAUUUCCAUCAAACUCGCUGUUCAGGUACUCUGACUGAACAUCCGCGCCAUUUCCUUGCGCCUUCUGUGUCGUCGUUGCUUUCUCGCAGAAAGAACCUUAACCCAUCCGAAAUGAAGGUGCUCCUAGUCUGCAGUCUCGCCCUCGCCGGAGCCUUUCUCGCUGAGGCUGCCGGUGGCAAGGAGCUGUGUGCUUUGUCCAACGAUGAAAUCAAGGGAGUUCUGAGCUGCAUGGCAGAGCAAGCACCCCCUCAGGUGAAACCAAAAGCGUUGGAGAUCCUCGGCGAGAAAGGAGACAACGUCGCGGAGAUUAUUAAAGCGAAAUGCCAGACUGACGUGGACUUUGGUGCCCUGAUUACUACUGUGUUCUCGGAGAGAGUAGCCAACGGUAUUAAGGCGGCCUACGCUCAAUGCAAGCCAAGCUCUCGAUAACCAUGGAGGCGUGAGACGCACUGUCCAGAUGGAAGCAACAGUUCUCAGAUUGAGACAAGAUUGCUUUCGUACACUCGGAGAGUGCACGGAAAAAUAAAGGCAAUGUGGGUAGAAA